AUGAUUUCAGAAGCGACAGGAACGCUAUCGGGAGCAUGUGACGGCGUAGUCCGUCAUCAUGACUCAAUCCGAGCGCAACAUUGCGUAAUAGUCUCACAGCACAGGCUGCAAUUGUAUAUGCAAGCUACUCUGAUCCGGCCAUCUCUAAAGCGUCAGAGGGAUUUUCAUAAUGAUCAUUGCGAUCUGCCAUCGAAAAGAUGUUAUCGUGAGGAGGGGUUCAUCGAGGACUACAGAAGUAAUCGUUCACCGCACUUUUCAGCCCCUGUCUGUAGAAUGCUUACUGUAAGAAAUCUUGAUGGAGAGGAGAAAUCCUUGGAAAUUGAUGAUCUGGUCGAUAUGGUGCUACAAGUGACGAAGAAUCUAGAUGAUGCCGAAUUAGCACAGCAACUUGUACAAGUUUCCAAGAGACGUUAUCAGAAUAAAGUGGCAGCUGCUCGUUAUCGUGAUAAACAGAAGGAGAGAAGGCAGAUUCUUUUGAAAGAGCAGGCUGAACUUGAGGAGAAAAACAUCAAGCUCAAGGAAACCAUCAAACAACUUGAAUGUGAAGUCGCUGAAUACAAAAGAAAACUGGUACAGAUAGUGUCUGAUCUCCCCGAUACGAGUACGUAG